AUGCAGGAAGAAGAUCUAAGUGAAACGGGACUGGUUGUCGCUUCUAUUCUGAGUAGAGUAAGAGACCUAAAAAGCAAAUACAAAAAUGAGGACAACAUUACAGAUGAGUUUAACUUGGCUAAGGUAUCAGCUGAUACAACAGAUAACUCUGGAACUGUUAAUCAGAUUAUAAUGUCUACAAAUAAUCCUGAAGAUUGGUUGAGCUUUUUACUUAAAUUGGAGAAAAAGGGCACUCCUCAGACCGAUACUAGCUUACUGAAUAGAUUGAUUGGUCGUUAUAGUCAAGCCGUUGGAGCACUUUCCGCAGAGAAAUACAGCCAGAAUGAAAGUUACGCUCACAUUCUGGUUAGAUUUGCAGAACUGAAAGCCAUUGAAGAACCGGAAGAGGCACGUGAUCAGUUCCAUCUUGCGAGACUGAAUUGCAAGAAAUUUGCUUUUGUCCAUGUAGCCUUUGCACAAUUUGAACUUUCACAAGGAAAUGUAAAAAAGUCGAAGCAGCUGCUUGAAAAAGCUGCAGAAUCUAGAGCAGUUCCCCAAGAGUUGUUGGAAAUUGCUCUAAGGAACUUGAAUUUACAAAAAAAGCAUCUACUUUCUAUUGAAGAAAAAGAGAAUUUGACAGUUGGAAGUUUCUUGAACAGGAAAAAAAAUGUUGAUUCUAGUGAGGAUACAGCCAUUGCUUCCAGCUUUUUCCCUGGGGAGAAAAAUGAUUUCUCUCAAGAGCCUGAAUUGGUCUUGGGUGGACGCAAGCCCUUGAAGCAAUUAAACAAAUCUAACCAGAUGUGUACCUUUGGGAGAGUUCCCAUCAGAUUAGUAAGUGACAGUGAGAGUGAUGAUACAGAUGAUUCUGUGAAGAUGGAUAUUCCACAUGUGACCUGUGUUCCGAAGAGGCAAAUACCUGGUAGCAGUUUGAUGCACUUGCCAGUGCAUGAAUCAAAACCUAAUGGGAAUGAUUCAAAUUUGCCAGAGGACUUGAAGCCUUUACCAAACAGACAGCUUACAGAAUUAAAGCUGUCAGAUGAAGAAAGCUCAGAAGUAGCUACCAAUUCAACUCUAACCUUAAAGAAUAAAUAUUAUUCCAGUUAUACCGUUAAAGGAAAAGAAACUGAAGAACAGCAUGAAGAGCCAAGGACCAUUGAGUCGAACUAUCUGGAGAGACAACAGCAGCAUUUAGUUUCGCUUGGAAACAACCAAAAGGAAAAGGAGCAAUUAAGAUUAAAUUGUCCUGCAUCUGGCAAUAAAUGGCCCCAUCUUGAAGCAAUGCAUAAGAGAAACUCUGAGGGAAAAUCCUCAAGUUUUCAACAUCCAGAAUUUCCAGUUUCUAAAAGAUUUUCACCGCCACAGCCAUCUUUGCAAAAAUGUUCUCCGCCAGAGACUGCUUCAAAGAGAAACAGCCAGGCAUUCGUUGGUGCAAUACCUGACAACAGCACACUGCAUGAUUAUAUGGCCUGUUUCAGUACUCCAGUUGAAAAAAAUAAUUUUCUUCUCACGGGAAAGGCAAUCACACCAUAUAACCAGUUUUCAUAUUUACAACCUUGUACCCCAACAACUCCAUUCCAAGUCCAGACUGGAUCGCAGAUUUCAGCUUCUGCACAGUCAAAUGAAUGCAUUGCUAUUAAAGGGAAAUGGUACACUGUGUUGAAACAAAUCGGCAGUGGAGGAUCGAGUAAGGUAUUCCAAGUACUUGAUGAAAAGAAGCAGCUUUAUGCCAUCAAAUAUGUGAGUCUAGAAGAGGCAGAUCAACAGACAAUAGAGAGCUAUAAAAAUGAGAUUGCUCAUUUAAAUAAACUUCAGCAACAUAGUGAUAAGAUCAUCCGACUUUAUGACUAUGAAAUUGGUGAGAAGAGUAUCUACAUGGUGAUGGAGUGUGGAAAUAUUGAUCUUAAUAGUUGGCUUAAAAAGAAAAAGACGAUUAACCCAUGGGAACGGAAGAGCUAUUGGAAAAAUAUGUUGGAAGCUGUCCAUACAAUCCACCAACACGGUAUUGUUCAUAGUGAUUUGAAACCAGCAAACUUUCUACUAGUAGACGGAAUGUUAAAACUAAUAGAUUUUGGUAUUGCAAAUCAAAUGCAGUCGGAUGCAACUAGCAUUGUUAAAGAUUCACAGGUUGGUACAGUUAAUUAUAUGCCACCAGAGGCAAUCAAAGACAUGUCUUCUUGCGGAGAAAAUGGCAAGUCAAGGUCAAAGAUCAGCCCCAAAAGUGAUGUCUGGUCUUUGGGCUGCAUUUUAUAUUGUAUGACUUAUGGAAGAACUCCAUUUCAGCACAUAACAAAUCAGUUCACAAAACUUCAUGCCAUAAUUGACCCUAAUUAUGAAAUAGCGUUUCCUGAUAUUGCGGAAAAAGAUCUCCAGGAUGUCCUAAAGCGCUGUUUGAUAAGGAAUCGUAAACAAAGAAUAUCUAUCUCUGAAUUGUUGAUUCAUCCUUAUGUGCAUAUCCAAACCAAAUCACAAACAGGGCAUUUGGCUGCAAAAGGAACAACAGAGGAUAUGAAACGUAUCCUUGGUCAACUGAUUGGCUUGAAUUCUCCCAACUCGAUUUCUAGAGCUGCUAGAACUUUAUAUGAACAGUGCAACAAAGGCGAAGGUUUAGAUGUGUCUGCUUUUGCAAACUCUGAUUGGUAAACAUGGAACACAACGUGAUACAUAAAGUUUAGUUUAAAAAUGUAUUACAAAAGGCAAGGGAUGGUCCUGUUUAAAUCGAUUUGUCUUGCCACUUAAAAUGUUUUAAUAUCUGUGGUUUCAGCUGAAUUCUUUUCACCAUUGGGAGCGUCUAAUAUUUGUCAGUGUUUAUCCUGAAGGUUGAAUUCAUUAUUUCCUUUUCCAUCAGGUCUAGUUGGCAUAUUGUUUUUCAGUUUUUGCUGGUGGGGGAGCACUGUGUAAGAUAGCACUGCAUUUUAGCUGCUUUUACUCCCACUUGUGUUGUUCAGUACAUACUCUCAUGGAAACAUUUUGAUUUAUAAGUGACAGCAGGUGUGCUGACAAACAACAAAUGAAUCUUGUAAAUAAAA